AUGGCCAGUGCUCCAAUGAUUACUGGUAUCGUGAAUCCACGUUUGUCUAUGAUCAAGCCCGCUGGCACUCCAGGAAGAGCCACUCCUAUUGUUCCUGCAAAGGCUAUCAGAGAUGCCUCUGUACCUGAGUAUCCCAGUUUCAGAGCCAGCUGCAUCAAUAUUGCAUUUUUUGGGUCAGAUGAGUUCAGUAUAGCAUCUUUGAAUAAGCUACUACAUAUUUCAAAAACCAGGCAAGAUGUAAUUGAUAGAAUUGAUGUUGUAACAAAGUACCCAAAGGCUACAGGAAGAAACUUCAAAGACGUAACGGAUGUACCAAUUGCAAAAGCUGCUGAAAGUGAAGGGCUCAAGCUUAUCAGAGCUGAAACAAAUUCAGAGAUCAAUGCUUUGGUAGAUAAUGGCUAUGAUCUAGCAAUUGCUGUGUCUUAUGGGAAGUUAAUACCCAGAACGUUCAUUGAAACUAUACCCUAUACAAUAAAUGUUCAUCCCUCUUUGCUUCCAAAGUAUGCUGGGGCCAGUCCUUUACAAUAUGCUUGGAUCAAUGAAGACAAAUUUUCAGGUGUCACUAUUCAAACAUUACAUCCAACAAAAUUUGACCAUGGUGAAAUUAUAGCACAAACAGGAGAGAUUUCCAUUUCAGAUUGUGAAAAAUUCAAGACUGUUAGUGAUAGACUAGCCGUUGAAGGUGCUGAAUUACUGGGGAAAGUUGUUGAAAGUAGUGCCUAUAAAGAUGUUCGUAUCAAAUCCAACUAUACACCAUCAUACGCACCAAAAAUUAGUCCAGAUUUUUGUAUGAUUGACUGGAACUCUCCUGCUACUAAAUUGACUCGACAACUUGAAAUUAUGAAGUCACUAUUCUCAUUCAAGGAAAUAGACAUUAUAAAGAAAAGAAAAAGAGUUCAUGACUGGAGAAGAGUGAUAUUUUAUGAUGCUGUCGCUCUUCCAGAUAUUGAAGGAUUUGAACCUGGUGAGUUUAAAAUAGAUAACGAUAUGGUUGUAGUACAGACAUCAAGGGGCUCCAUUGGGGUUAAAUCGUUAAAAUUUGAAUAUGAAAAACAGGAAGAUGCCACUAAAUUCAUGGAGAAAUUAAAGAAAAGAGCAGGUGAAACAUCAAUGAGAUUUACUCACGGACCUGAAUCGGAUAAAUAA